AUGGAACUUAAUGAUAAAACUAUUGAAUAUUUACAAGAAGUAUAAAAUGUUUCUAUUCAAAAUGACAAAUCUGUCAUUAUUACAAAUAAUAACACAGUAUAAUUUUACAAGAUGAAAAAACUCUAAUGGGAAUGUAAAUUUACAGAUUUAAUCCCAAUUGAUUACAUUGAUACUUGUGCAUUGUCUAAAUCUAUUAUUCUACACAUUCAUAGCAGUAUCAUUUUUUUAUCUGAAGAUAAGUAGAUUGAAGAAAUAAUCUAAUUAGAAUAAGAAGUGCAUUCUGUUUAUGCAUUAAAUGAUUUUAAUGUUAUUGGACUCUUUUAUAUAGUCAAUAAUCAAUUCUCCAUAUUCAAUACAAAACUUAUCUAAAGUUAUGAUUACUUCUCUUAAUAAUGCAUACAAUUUGAUAUUAGUAUUAGUUUUCAACCUUAUCGUUUAAGUUGUUUCUAAGAUGAUCAAGCACUUCAUUUUCUCUUAAUAAGAAAUUUAGAACAUGUAAAACAUUAUUAUAAGCAAAUCCAAUGUGUAGAUGUUGUCACUAUCAAUAGAUGUAAAAACAGAUUACUCAUCUUAACAAAAUAGUAAGUAUUAUCAAUAUACAUAUCAGAAAUUGAAAAUACCACAUCUGAAGAAUAGUAUCUCAAUGCUCUACAAUUAAAAUUAAUGAAUUACUGUAGUUCAAUCUUUGAUGGACAGUUUUAUUUUAGUAAUGAUUCAUAUUUAUUCAGUUUCUGUAAUGAUGAAGUCAAAUAUUAUAAAUUACUGUAAAAUCAAAAGAAUUAAAUUACUAAAAUCAAAUUCUAAGAAAAAAUUAUCUAUUAUGAAUAUGUGAAUAAUCAAUUAGUUAUUUAUUCUUAACAAUAAUCUAAAUGCUAUUUAACUAUCUAUAAUUAACAAUUUGAAAUCAUUAACAGAUAUGAAUUUAAUAAAUUCCAUGAAGCCAUUAAAUAUUGCCCAUAUUAUGUUGGGAUUAUCAUCUAUGAAUAAAAAGUUCAAUAUCAAGACAAAGCACCAAAUAAUAAUUAUGUUUUGUAAACUGAUAUGCAACAAAAAACAUUUCUUUAAUUGAUAGAUUUUCGUACUUAAACUUACUAAAACAAUAAUCAAACCAAUAAUGAAUAACCUACUAUAUAGAGUUAUUUACUUUAUGGUAAAAGUAAAAAUAAGAUUAGUUGUGGUUUUAUGUUAGAUUAUGCUAUUGUAAAUAUAUAAAAUAUAUGGAAUAAUCGAUUUAUAAUCACAAGUACAUAUAAAUUGAAAAUUAUUGAGAUAUAUAAUAAUACUAACUAUGAAAUGUAACAUAUCUUUGAGUUUAGUAUAUUAAAUUAAUAAUUAAUAACAUUUAGAAAUAGUUUACCAUUAGAAGAUCUGGAGAGAAUUAAUUUUUUAAAAUAGACAGACUAAAGAAUAUUAUUUACUCAUUUUGGAUAAUAAAUUAAGGGAGAAUCAAAAAUGAAUGGUAUUAUACAUAGUUUUUAUGGAAUUAAAUGGGUUAGCAUAAACAAAGACAAUGUUAAUAUCAUUUAGUUGCAGUAAAAGCAAGAGAUAAAUAAAAUAUAGAAGGUACUUUAGGAAGGCAGUAAUUAUUUUUAUAUUUUAUCAAAUGAUGAAGAGAUUUAUAAAAUUACACCAAAUGAAGUUAAAUUAAUUUAUGUUUCUGGAUCAAAAUUAUUAUCUUAUGUUAGUAAUAACAAUAAUGAGUCAAUAAUUUUAAAGGUUAAUAAUGAGUUGUUAGUAACUGAAUUGGAGAAUGCUUAGAAAAUUAAGUAUAAUUUGAUUUUAUGA